UAUUAAUCCAUGAAUCCUCCAGGUGUCGACGAGAAGACUUGUGGGGUUUGUCCCCGGAACCCAAAGAACUACUAACUUAUUCCAUGCUUACCCAAAUUGGCACCCCACGAGCUACGCCAAUCCAAUAGAUAAGGAUCACUUGGACAUCACGUCGGACAAGAAGCGAGGACAUGUGGUAACAAGUCGCCGGUGGUGCAGCCUCUAUCGACCUGCCUGCGUCCUUUUUUCUUCUGAAGUGCCCCUGCAAUGGCCAGCCUCGAUUAAAGCACAACCGAUACGUGGAUGUGAGCAGUGCUUGUGCUUCCGAUGCUGCCCUCUAAUAGAUCGAACGAAUCUAGCAACAGGUUUCACGUAGGAUGUGUCGAGGAUAUACCCAAGAAAAAGAGUUGGACAUUCUAGUGCUUGCACCUGAGAAGUGGCAGUGGGAGACAGCUUGCGACCAGAAUCUCACUUGAUACUGGUGCAGCGGAAGCAGCUGAGGCAUGGACGGGCAGUUGGGUUGGGGUACUACGGAAGAUGGCUGGAGAAAGGGUCCUUGGACCGUGCAAGAGGAUCAACUCCUCAUCGAGCAUGUCACCCUCCAUGGCGAAGGACAAUGGAACUCGGUCUCCAAGUUAUCAGGUCUGCGGAGGAGCGGGAAGAGCUGCAGGCUUCGGUGGGUGAACUACCUGAGGCCGGACCUCAAGAGAGGCAGCAUCACUCCACAAGAGGAGAACACCAUACAAGAGCUGCAUGCCCUGUGGGGAAACAGGUGGUCCGCCAUUGCUCGAAGCCUGCCGGGGAGGACCGACAACGAGAUCAAGAACUACUGGAGGACCCAUUUCAAGAAGGACAACACCCCGAGGAAGAAAGCCGAGAGGGCGAGAGCCAGACUCCUCGUGAGGCAGCAGCAAGAGCGGCAGAAGCAUAAGCAGCAGCAGCAGGAAGCGGAAGACAUGGGGGGGACGUCGACGAUGAAGCAAGUGGAGGAGGAUGCCAUGCGAGCGGAAGAGGUGCAGGAGAUGGCCUACGUGCUUCAAGGUGGCGGUUUCCAGGGAUACAUGAGCGACGAGGAUGGCUCGUGGGGGUGCCUGUGGAACCUUGACGACGACGACGAUGCAUCUGAGUACACCGAGGGUGGUAGCACAUCUCAAGUGAAGGAUUGAGUACAUCAUGUCGCUGGCAACAUCAUGUAGGGAGAACUUACAUUAAUGUAUGUGGGCAGAUCCUAGAAACUAAUUAAUGGGCAGACAUCUGUAGCAAGUUUCUUCUUCGACUAAUAUUAGUUUCUUCAUUACAUAA